ACACAGGAGCAGAAGGGAUCCCGAACCCAGGAGCGGGGCAGCAGGAGGGAUCCCAAAGGCUGGAAUACAGGAGCAGGAGGGAUCCCGAGCCCAGGAUGAGGGCAGCAGGAGGGAUCCCAAAGGCUGGAACUGCAAUUCCCAGCGUCCCCGCGCAUCCUGGCCCUGCGGUGACAUCAGCGCCCCAUGGCCGGGACUGGCUGGGCAGCGACAGCGGCCAGAUGUGCGCCGGGCUCCGUCCCUCCUGCAGCCCAUCGCCGCUGCCAGCACGGCGUUCCGGAGCUCUGCAAGGGAGAAGUUGUUCCUUAGGAGUCUGAUUGCUGCCUGUGCGAUGCUGCACGCUCCAGAGGAGAGGAGCUGGGUGCUGACAGCAAGGACAUGGUCCAAGUGCCACCCUGGGCAUUGCCAGCCACAGAGGGGAUGUGUUUGCCUGGGACAGGUGCAUUCCCAGUCUCAGAGAGCAGGAGGUUCUGAGCUGUGAACGAGCCAACACCUAAAAUGUGAAACCUGUGGAGAAUUCCUCUUACUGUGCAGAAACAAACCAUGGACACUCAGUUUUUCUCCCCAUUACUGGGAGCUGUCCCCAGUCCCCCCACGCCUCCAGAGCCCCCCCAGCUGUGCAGUGACUGGCUGGGAUGUGCUGAGGAUUUUGGAUCCCAAAACGCCUUCCAGGAGUGCCCAAAAAAAAGGGCACCAAUAAAUCUUUCUUACUCUGGAAAUGGCCCUGAUAUGUUUGGGUUGGUGUCAAGCAUUUUGGAGGAGCCAGACAAGCCAGAAGCAGCUACAGAUUGGAAUUCUCUCUCCAGAUUGUUUCCCCCUGCGUGGGCACCUGCUCUGGGCAGCAGUGGGGAGUUCCCAGCCCAGCCCUGUGUGCAGAACAAGGAUUUUCCCAACUUGCUGGGCACCAGCUGCCAUCAGGAACCCCUGCAGGAGCCUCCUGAUGUGGAGAUGCUGCACAGAGGUUUGGGAGACCUUCAGCUGCUCGAGUCUUGGCUCUCUCACCCCAGCAGUGCCCCCAGCAACGCUCAGCCUGAAAAUUCCUCUCUGCACAGCAGCACCACGGCUCCCCGGGAAGGGUUUCCCUUCCCAAACCAGAAUUUGUGCACUUAUGACCACGGGAGGGUAAAUGGAGGCUCUGAAAAACGUGGGCCCAGUUUUAGCCCUUUUUCUCCUCGGAACAGGGUGAAAGAAAGCCCCAGCGUGCAGAAGGAGUUCUGGAAAAGUGAAAGUGCAAGGGGAAAAGCUCUGAAAAAUUAUGCUCAAGGACAAAUUAAUUAUUCUCCUGAUCUUUCCAAUCAGCCUGGUGAUAACCCUUGGGAUAAAAUACCCCAGGACAGCCACCUGUGUUCUAAAAGAUACGGAAACUUCACAGCUGCUCACAAACUGGAGUCAUCUGUCCGUCCAUCACUUCAUUUUUUCAAUCAACUGCCUAAGGAAAAUGAUUUUUCUGGAGGAGCAGGCAGAAAACCCCAGGAAUGCCAUGUGCAAAAUGGCCAUCGUGGCUUUGCUGUGGGGAAUGCUUUUAAUAAUAAUAAUAAUAACCAGUGUAAAGUGAAUCUGGGCCCUAAGGAAAGCUCUCCUCAAGUAGCUGAGUAUGAUUUAUCUGUGAAAAACGCUGUGCAAAAUGGGACUUACUCCUCGUACCAGGGGUGUGUGUGGCUGGAUGGGAAGAGCCUGGCAGCUGCAUCUGAAAUUCCAUGUGGGAAACAAAUGGCAACGAGCCCCCAGUCCUCAUCAGGGGUCUCCACCAUGUCUGGGGGCUCUCCCACCCACCAGCCUUUCCCACAGCCCUCCUUCUACUCCCAGCUCCUCCCUCCCAGGAAAAACGGGAGGUUGCACACACCUAAUGGAGUUUCCAGUCAUUUGGGGGUUCCUCCUUUUGUCUCAGAGAGCCAGAAGCAGGUGAGAGCUGCUGGGAGGUGCCAGGAGAUGAACCAGGACGGGCGGCGCCGCCAUUUCCCCGCCGGGUUCUCGCCCGACUGGCUCGUGCAGCAGAGAGCUGCAGGUGAAGCCCCUGCUGAGAAACAGCACAGGUUCCCAAAAAGGCAGAGCCGGGAAAGGGGCAGUAAAGAGGGCAGAAGAGGCAGAAGGAAUUGGAUCCCUGCUGUGGGCUCUGCAGCCCCAAGCCGCCAGCCCUUCGUGUUUCCCAAAAAGCGCGAGCGCAAUGGGGGCAGCUUGGCAGAUUUCAUCAACCCUUCUCUGCUUCCUCCUUUCCCAUUCGUGUCUGAUUUUAGGCAAAAUCCCGGCUUCCCUCCACUUAAUCACCAGCUGCUUUCAUCAGCAAAGAAUUUUCAUUUCCCUCCGCCACCGCUUCCAUUCUCGGACCUUGCUGAUCUUUUGCACUGUGAUGACUUCAGCCCCUGGGCUCCCCUCGUGGGUGAUCUGCUCCCUGGGGAGAUCCCCGGGCCCUGCUUUGCCUUCCCAGCCCCGUUUAACAGGUGCAGAGCUCCCAGGAGCCACAGUGGCCCCUCCACCGAGCUGCACGUCCGCCUGGAGGAGUGCUACGAGCAGGGGAGAGCGCUGGAGAGGGAGAGGAGGAAGGCUGAGGCUGAGCUUGCAAGGCACUUCCCAGGGCAGCUGCUGCCCAGCCCCAGCCCCAGCCCCGUGGCCCGGCUCCCCUCGAGCCCGUCGCGCGUGGAUCGCCUGGUCGCGGAGCAGCGCCGCCAGCGAGCCAGGGUGCUGGCGCUGGUAGCAGGAAUGGAGAGGCUUCGUGGUGCUCCCAUGCACAGGAACAUCGCCAGGACCUUGGAGCUGCACCUGGAAGCCAUUCAGGUGACCCAGGCACGUCGGAAGGAGGAGAUUGGGAAUGCUGUGAACCCCCAGAGCCACGGGGUGCCACGCUACAACAACGAGAAAGAUGUGCUGGCCCUGGCAGCUGCCCUGGCAGCCCUGGCUGGUGCCACGCGCGGGGCUCGCACCGCGCUCUGGUGCGCGCUGCAGCUGACCCUGCCAAAAGCCCCCGCAGCUGCACCCCAACAGCAGCAGCUCCUCCAAGGGCCCCUGCAGGAGCUUUGCCCUGCGAGCACCCAGGAGAAAAGCAGCGUGGAGCACCAAGGCAGAGGAAGUGAGGAAACGAGGAAGACUUUGGAAUAAUCGCGGAUAAGAAGAAGAAAGCUGAGGAUGGGGAGGGAAGGGCUCAGGUCCUGCCCAGCACCAGGACAGGUGGAUUUCCUGGCGUGCCACGGUGCAGAAAGGGUUAAUUGAGGGGCCUGCUUGGUGAUGGAAUUGU